UCUAAAUUUUUUGUGUAAUUCCUCCUUUGAGGAGCGGAAGUUGGAGCCAAUGAGAUGGUUCCUACAACAUAGAAUGGCUCAGUUCAGUCCCAAGCAGACAAGAAUGCUGUCUCCGUGCAAGAAGACCUCGUAUGAAACGGAGAAUGUGAGAGUGUACUGGAUGCCGAGGGAGAUCAGUCAAUCACAUGAGCAAGAGAGCAAGGCUUGUACACUUAUCACGAUCCUGGUCAUCUACAAGUGCCAGAAAGCUCGAAUCAUCUUCACUCAACCUACACCCACCUCUGACUUCAUAGACAUUUUCUCCAACUGCAUCAAACAAGGAAACAACUUGUAUGACAAACUAAGAGAAGCUGGAGUGUUGAGGGUCAAAUAUUUGAACAUUCCAGAAGCUCUUGAAGCUGUCAGAAGAGAAACAAAUGCGACAGUUGUGGAGUGGAAAAGUUUGUAUUUAGAAGAUGACAUGAUCAAAACAUUGCAUUACAACAUAGAAAACCAACUGAAACAAUGGCGCUUUAGUCGACUAAAGAAUGAGAAGUCAAACCUGAAUAUUGUCAUUUUAGCAAAUCUAAGAGCUGUAGUGCUUAUUUUGAACUUAGUCUCUGGAAUCGUGACACUUGCUGAUUCCCAUGGUCACAGUCCAUAUGGAUCUGUAAUAGCCCAAGCCUCCAUCAGCAAGUUAGGCAACCUGUGUAAGUGGUACGCCUACCAGUUGACUAAAGACACCGGGCCAGUCUCCUGCUAUGAGCUCAGCUUUCUGGUCUGUCUGAGAACUUGAAUAUAAACAUGGAGCAACAGAAUAAAUCAUUUUUAUAACUACCUUAACAUGAUAAAGUCAG